CGGGGCAAAGCUGAGAAACCUCACGGUCACCUCAGUCCCACGUAACCGUCGCCUUCGCCCUCCUCGAGGCCACUCGAGCAAUCUGCGCUCCCUUGAGGGCUGAGGUCUCCAGGCACCGGCAGGAAGGGCCCUACAAACUUCAGACUCUUAGGUGUGGAGACGCGGCCGUCAGCUGACCGAACCUGCGGGAUCCAGGUGCUGGUGUCCCUGCCUGUGGACGCAUUCUGACUCGGGCCCUUCCUCUCUCUGGAGACUGCCUAUGGCUGGGGACCGAGUGAGGUCGUUGCCUUGACGACGACAGCAUGCGGCCCACGGUCCUCGGAAGUGUGAGCUUGUGGAGGGCAGAAGCCAAUCUGCCUCCCUGCCUGCUUCACCUAGGACCCAUAACUGCGUCCGCAGAGGAAAUCCCAAUAUUAAAAUUGCUAGUUUGCUAGUCAGCAUCUUUUAGAUCUGCUAGCGAGAUGCAUACCACCUCCAGUUUGUUUCCAAGUUGAAAACCUUUGGCUCUUUCCAUGUGAAGGGUGUGGAAGAAAUACAAGAAAGAUUCCUGCAGGUUUUAAAUUAAAAUGGAAAAAUAUGAGAACCUAGGAUUGGUUGGAGAAGGGAGUUAUGGAAUGGUGAUGAAGUGUAGGAACAAAGACAGUGGAAGAAUUGUGGCCAUUAAGAAAUUCUUAGAAAGUGACGAUGACAAAAUGGUUAAGAAAAUCGCCAUGCGAGAAAUCAAGUUGCUAAAGCAACUGAGGCAUGAAAAUUUGGUGAAUCUGUUGGAAGUCUGUAAGAAAAAAAAACGGUGGUAUCUGGUCUUUGAAUUUGUUGACCACACGAUUCUUGAUGACUUGAAACUAUUUCCAAAUGGACUAGAGUAUCAAGUAGUUCAAAAAUAUUUGUUUCAGAUUAUUAAUGGAAUUGGAUUUUGCCACAGUCACAAUAUCAUACACAGAGAUAUAAAGCCCGAGAAUAUAUUAGUCUCUCAGUCUGGCGUUGUAAAAUUAUGUGACUUUGGAUUUGCACGGACAUUGGCAGCUCCUGGGGAGGUUUACACUGACUAUGUGGCCACUCGAUGGUACCGCGCUCCAGAACUGCUGGUCGGUGAUGUCAAGUACGGCAAGGCUGUUGAUAUCUGGGCUAUUGGUUGUCUGGUCAUUGAAAUGCUCAUGGGGCAACCCUUAUUUCCAGGAGAAUCUGAUAUUGAUCAGCUUCAUCAUAUUAUGACAUGUUUAGGUAAUUUAAUUCCAAGACACCAGGAGCUAUUUUAUAAAAAUCCUGUGUUUGCUGGAGUAAGAUUGCCUGAGAUCAAAGAUACAGAAACAGAACCCCUUGAGAGCCGCUACCCUAAGCUCCCUGAAGUUGUGAUAAAUUUAGCAAAGAAAUGUUUGCAUGUUGACCCAGACAAAAGGCCCUUCUGUGCUGACCUUCUACACCAUGAUUUCUUUCAACUGGAUGGAUUUGCUGAGAGGUUUUCUCAAGAAUUGCAGUUAAAAAUAGAGAAAGAUGCCAGGAAUAAUUCUUUACCUAAAAAAUCUCAAAACCGAAAGAAAGAAAAGGAGGAUACCUUAGUUGAAGAAAGAAAAACACUUGUGGUACAGGAUACCAAUGCUGAUCCCAAAAUUAAGGAUUCUAAAGUGUUUAAAAUGAAAGGGUCAAAAAUUGAUGGUGAGAAAGCUGAAAAAGGAAAACCUUCAAAUACCAGCUGUCUCCAUGACAACGGGGCAAACCACAUCAAAGGCUUGGCUUCCACAAGCCUCAGAGAUUGCAGCAAUGUCAACGUUGAUCACUCAAGGAACGCAGGCAUGGCAAUUCCUCCACUCACACACAACCUUUCUGCAGUUACUCCUGGCAUUAAUGCUGGGAUGGGGACUAUUCCUGGAGUUCAGAGUUACAGAGUGGAUGAGAAAACUAAGAAAUACUGUAAUCCAUUUGUUAAACCAAAUCAACCUUCUGCAUCAGGGAUUUAUAACGUGAAUGUGAGCACAUCUGUCUCUAAUGAAAAGUACCUCCUUCAGGCUAAUAAGAAAAGGAAGGAAUAUUCCAAAGUAGAUGUGCGAUUGCCUGAACUAAACUACAACCAUCUCCCUGAGCUGAGAGCUUUAGAAGGCAUAGCUCGAAAUUCUAGGCUAAUAAAGAAAGAGAACAAAUCUCUUUCAGAAUCUCGAAUUCCCUCUCUGGCUGCUAUUGACCUGCAUGCAUCCAAUCUGGCAUUACACCAGGGAUCAGGAUCACCCAUGUCAGAUGACUCUGAGGGCGAUUUGCCUCGGAUGGAACACCAGCACUGAGACUCAUUUUAGUCCUGAAUGGGAUGCUGCCAGCACUCGAGAUGAUGUCCUCUUGCACCCAGAGCCCAGAUGCCCUAGAAGAGACAUGUGGUUUCACUGUUUCCUUCUGGACUAUCUGCAUUUCCUAAGACAGGCUUUGCAGAAGAAGGCAAGACAGACUUCCAAAUACUUCAAAGGAAGGUUGAAGAAGUGGCCCCCUGCUGUUAUCCCUUCACCUUUCCAACCUGUUGAUACUAUUUGACAUAUAUCCAUGGAAGAAUAGUGAUAUGGUUCUUGUUACAUGAAUGUGUAUUUGAUAUUAGUAGAUUGUGUAUUUAAACUUAUCAGAAAUUAAAAGUUUAAACAGGAGAGAAUCAUUAUAAAAGGUCAUGUUUUAUGCAUUGAACUUUGUGCAUUAUCUACAUAAAUAUUUAUACUUGAAAAAAAUGAAAAAAGCUAGGAUGUGUAAGAGAAAAGUUUCUUUUACCUUAACAUUUAAAAGCUUGCUUUCUAGGCAGUGAGGUGGUGUGCGAUUGCUGUCUGUGGUUAGUGGUGUCUUGUUUUCUGUCAUAAUUGUUGACAAUCUGGUCUCUACUAAUCUAAGAACUGUGCUGUGCCAAUCCGGCAGAGAAUCCUUCUGUUACUAAUGCCCUGGUGUUGGAUACUCUUCUUUGUUGAGAGACUCCAUGUUCUGCCUGAGAGGACAGGAUUGAGUGGUGUGGAGGAGAGUUUUGCAGAUACUCUUUUGAGUUAGGAACUGAGCUUCUCCCUGAGGAAAAAGGUAUAGAAAUAAGAGAUGGGGCUCAGAGCUGCAGAAGUCUGGCUAGUUCUCCUGGCUAGCCCAGUCACCGUUGAGUCGCUUACCUGAGGAGGCUUUUGGAGGGUUUCACGGAGUGGAACCAGUCUUGUCUGUGAUAGUUUGAGGUUGAUAGUGCACUGAGCCCACAGAGAUUCCUGUUGCCUUCUUACUUCAAAUUCUUAGGCUCUCCCAAAAGCCUUUUAACAAGGUGCAAAGUCAUUUACCCGCAUCAGACACAUGCUGUCUGAUGUACAGGCUUACAGCCAAUUUUAGGUGAGAGAAUUAGACCAUUUUGGCUGCAGGGUCUUGGUUUCUGGCUCCCCAUUUGCCAUUUGAUAGAAUACCUGUUCAGGGUCAAGAAUUUAUGUAGGGUUUUUGCAUUAACCAACUAAUGGCUUUUUUUUUUUUUUCCAAAAGCCAUUUACUAGAAUUUAGCCUAAUGAGAAUUCCUCAUUACCCUGGGGGACUUAAUGAAAUCCUAAACUUGGAUAGUUGGGACCUCGGAGGAGUAGACAUUCAGGAGUAGACAAAAUAAAGGGUUCCAACAUAAAAGUCUGUUGGCAGUAGUUACAAUAAAAAUUGAUUUUUAUUUAAAAAGCUGUAUUUUAAACAUCUGAUCAAGGGUUUGCCUUGAUCAGAUUAGUAAGACUAACAUGCUAAUAAAAUCACUAUAUCAGUAGUAAUGGAAUUUUUACUAAAAUACCAGUAUUUAUUGUUAUGUCAAAAAAUGUUGCCAACAAACAGCAGCAUGGUAAGGAGACGGCACGUAAAGGUGACUGGCUUCCAGCUACUUUCAGUGCUGUUUUCAUGUAAAGGCCAAUGUGAAACAUCAGCUUGAUGACUGAGGGUCUGGGUUAGCUAACUUAUAAUUCAUUUACUCGAGUUUGGGAUCUUUGGCCUAUUAAGAUAUUUUAUGAACUUUAGAAAUAAGAAAUUAAAAAUCACUUAAGUCCUUAUUGAUAUUUGAAGAUCAUAUUUUGUUAAAACUUUGGUGUGGAACUGAAGAACUAAAGGUUGUUCAGAUCAAGUCUAUAGGUACUGAACCAAAAUCUUUUUCCGACUCUUGGGUGUUUAGUCUCUUCUUACAAGGAUGUGAUGUAUGUGAAUAUGAUAAUGUGAAAUUAUUUUAUGUACUUUUUGGAGACAAUGGGCUUGCUGUGCCUACCUGUGUUUUAAAAAUUAAUAAAUAUUAUCUAGCUAAUCAUGAUAGAUGGUUUUAAUUUAUAUGAAGAGAUUAUAAAUAAUAUACAUACCACUAUAUGGUAUUAAUAAAUAAAAUUGAAAGAAUCAGUUAA